AUGGAGCCCGGGACUGCGCCUGCGCCGCUUGCGCCGGCCCCCCGGCUGCUGCCCUGUUGGAAUCCCAGACGAGUUCGCGGCCUCAACGUCCGACAGCUCCCAGCUACAAGGGCGAGUCGGCGGGGAACAAGCUGGGGGCAGGGCGCAAGGACCCGGUUGCUUGCAGCCACUGCGCUGGCACUGCGCCUGCUAGUCGGGUUAUGCCUUGCUCCGGAAGACAUCGCGAUAAAGCUUGAUAGCAGAUCAAUCUCCGACAUACUGCUGGGUCGUUUCGUGACAAUGCGAGUGAACCUCAAACGUGCCGGCAGAUGGCUGCACAUGCAACAGGCCGAGGUAGAGUGCAAGCUGGUGAACCUGGGCUUGAAUCCCAUAUUUUGGCUACUGAUGCCGUUGACACUGGUUCUUCGACCAAAACUGGCGCUAAUUGGUCUCAUUUUGGUGUACAUACUUCCACGUGGAGCACAGCGGGACAGUUCUGCGACCCGCUUCACUGCCAGCCUGUCUGCAGAAGAUCUGUGGAGUUGCCGUUUGUGGCGAGCUGUGGUCACGGCCGGGCUGCGAGACAUCAUGAACUACAGCGUUGCAGGAAUGGUGGCGCUGCCUCGAGAAGUUUCGGGAGAGCUUUCCGCAGCCACAUCUUUCGAAGUGAAAAGCCUCGAGGUCUCAAAUUCUUGCCUCAUCAUGGACGCAGUUGCUAACCUUCCCGGCGAGACGGUGUUCCAAUAUCGGUUGAAGACGGGUGUAUCCCUUGGAGAGGUCGAGGGGUGUCAAUGCAUCCUUUGGGACGACCCCUGCAUCGAGGUGACGCCCGGCUGGCCCUUGCCGCAGUUCUGGGCACCAAUAGGAAGCUUCGCCGGCCUUGGAUUGACCGACAAGCUGAGAUUCUCACGCCUCGAAUUUCUGUCAGAUGGACGUCUGGUGCUGGAAGGGCGAGUUGCCGGAGAAGGAGACCGCCAGGCCAUCAUCCCUAUUUAG